AUGUUUAAAUUAUUAGUGAUAUUGUCGAUAGCGGCGUUCGCUAGUGGACAGUACUCGGCAUCGAAGCUCGUUAAAAACAUUUACAAUGAAUGUUUGAGUCAAUAUUCGGUGGAGUGUGUGAAACCGAGGACCCUGGAAUGGAUUUCCCAUGUAGCUAACGAUGAAGAGAUCAAGAUUACGGAUAAUCUUUCAAUCGUCAAGAAUGCGGAAAUCGAAGAUGAAGCCGUCGAUCCUAGGAUGGCGAAGGACCCCGCUUAUGCGAUCGUCGAUAAAGUGGAUCGUUUCCUUCAGACUCAUGCAGUGAGAGUGAAAGUUCCCGAAGAAAUCGCCAGCAGUGCUGCUUCAGAAUAUGUACCAAGGUCGCUCCUCACCGACCUACCAUCUGAACUGGAUAUGUCCUUGGACGGAGAAGAAGAAGUUGAGACUUUCGAAGGCAGGAAGAAGAAGAUCAAGCUCCCCAAACCUUUGAGGAUCAAGAGCAAACAUGGUUUCAUCAAGAAGGUGCUGCUUCCUUUCCUCCUCGGCCUGAAGUUCAAGGCUUCAGUUUUGGUACCUCUAGCGCUUGCUAUGAUUGCCCUUAAGACAUGGAAGGCUUUGACUCUUGGUCUCAUCUCGCUGGUUUUGUCUGGUGCUAUGGUUAUCUUCAAAUUCACCAAACCAAAGGUUGUGAACUACGAAGUGAUUCACUACCCACAACACCACGUAGAGCACCAUGUGGACCAUCACGCUCCCGCCUGGGAUGCCCACGGCCCCUACCAAGCGCGAUCAUACGAAGACGCACACGAAAUCGCCUAUUCUGGACAAAUAUAA